GAAGCUUCGCUGCUCUUUACAAUCCUACAUGCCGACAACCAACGUCACUUAUGCAGGGCCCUACAUCCUGGGCAAAGCUUUGUGCAUCUACGUCGUGAAAGAUCGAGAAUACCUUCACUGAUGGAUAUGCGCCUCAGACUGACCGACAGAGACAUGUGACCGGCUACCAGGAUGCCCGCUUUUCGGCUACCGGUGCGCGAGCUCCACACGGCUCAGUUGUCUUGGGUCGCCUGAAGACCAAGCGACGUGAUCUUUGUAAGACUUUUUCUCCUCAGUCCAGACAACCUAUCUACGCAUAUGCUCCCGAAAAGUAGCAAUGCCAUCAUCAACGAUCCCAAUCACCGUUACCCACCUCGGCAACCUUCAGGUCGGCUAUCGCCUCACCAAUAAUGCCGUUGACCCAUCCAAACCCACUCUGGUCUGCUUGAACUCGAUGUGCAUGACGACCGCACUUUUCGAUGCCCAAUUCUAUGACACAAAUCUCACCAACGUUAUGAACAUCCUGGCCAUCGAGCCCCUUGGUCACGGAUCCACUAGCUUCCCUACGAAGGCCAGCCACUUCACGUACUGGGACACCGCAAUUGUUGCUCUGGAAGUCAUGACCGCUUUGAAGAUUGAGAAGGCAUUUAUUCUUGGCACAAGCCAGGGUGGGUGGAUGGUCGUCCGCAUGGCACUGCUCGCGCCUGAGCGUGUUCUUGGUCUCCUGCCAUUGGGGACUAGUAUGGAUGCUGAGACUCCUGAGACGCGAGAGAAGGGCUGUUGGAAUCCUGUACCGCUACUCACUCCGUUCGUGCAAAACUGGACGAGUGCUGAUGUCACCCCAAACUUCGAGAUCGACGAUCAGUGGUGCGGCAUGGUUGCCAGCCUUGGCUUUGGAUCGCACGCCACAGAUCAGUCGACGAGUUUCUGGGUCAAGGUAAUGAAGGAGACUUAUGCGGGUGAUGAGGGCAGGAAGAAGGCGAGGAUGGCUGUCCUGUGCUUGAUUUCGCGUGACUCGCUGACAUUGCGUUUGGGCGAUAUCACUUGCCCUGUGUACUGGCUGCAGGGAACAGAAGAUGUACCGUAUGGCUGUCAGGUGCAGCAUGAGCAAAUUGAGCUCUUUACGGGAAGUAAGGAUAAGAGGUUGAGCAUUCUGGAUGGUGGUGCGCAUUACCUGAACGCAACAAACCCGAAGGAGGUCAACCAAGCGGUCCUGGAUAUGAUCAAGAAGCACGCUGCGUAAUCUUUACAGCCAAUCUAUCUGGUUCUUCUCUGCUUGGGAGCGAUAUGUUUGGUCGCAAAUUGGAAGGAUGCCGAAGCGAAUGCUACACCGUAAUGUGAAGCGUGAAGCUUUUC